AUGGAGUUUAAUAAACCAGAAGCACUAAAAUUAACUGGCAAUGUUGCUGAAAAUUAUAAAUUAUUUAAGGAAGAAGUUCUAGUGUUUUUCGAAGCCACAGAAACAACUACAAAGCCAGAGAAGGUACAGGUGGCAAGAUUAUUAAAUUUAAUUGGCAGCGACGGUGUCAAAAUUUACAGAACAUUCAAUGUUGAACCAAAGGACGAAACAGUUGAAAUUGUGUUCAAAAAAUUGGAAGAGUAUUGUACUCCAAAAAGAAAUGAAGUAAUGGAACAUUAUAGGUUUUUUAUGAGGAAACAAGAGUUUAGUGAACCGUUCGACAAAUUCUACGCUGAUUUAAGGAACCUCAUCAAGAGUUGUUGUUUUGGAGAAACAGAAGAAAAAUUGUUACGAACACAAAUUGUUCUUGGUAUCAGCGACAAAGAUCUUCAAUCAAAAUUACUACGAGAAGAUUUAAGUUUAGAAAAAGUGAUACGUCAUUGUCAGGCUACUGAACAAGCAGAAAUUAACAGGAAGAUACUAGUGCAAGAAAAUGAAGCCAAAAUUGAAGUUAUGGAGAAGAAAAAACUGAACAAACCGAACAAAUACAGUUCAACAAGAUGGGCGAUGGAGAAACAACAACAACAAAGUCAGCUACCGAUCAAACAAGAAGGAGGAGAAAACCUAAGGAAAACACCAAGGGAAAGUGGUAAUGUAUCAGCACAAAAAUAUAAAUUUAAUUGUACUAAGUGUGGUAAAACACAUAGCAUUAAUGAGUGUCCAGCAUAUAAAAAAAGUUGUAAUAUAUGUGGAUACAAAAAUCAUUUUGCGAUAAUGUGUAGAAACAAAAUAAAAAGUGAGAGUAAACAGUUAAAUACAGUAGUGGAAGAGAAUAAAGUAAGUGAAUAUUUAUGUUUGGAUAAAAUUGAAGUGGAUGAUACAUGUAAUACUUGGACAGAUAUUGUGAAAAUAAAUGGUACAAAUGUAGAAAUAAAAUUAGACACUGGCGCACAGUUGAAUGUUAUGCCUGUAGAACUGUAUAAAAAAAUUAAUGUAAAUAAAUUAGAGAAGAGUGAAGUCAUUAUAAAGACAUUUGGUGGAUUUACAAUGAAAUCACAAGGUAAAAUAAGUAAUAAGCAAUGUAAAGGAAAUAUUAGAUUUGAGGUAGUCGAAUACAAAGGAAUGCCAAUACUUGGGCUUAAAGAUUGUAAGAUCUUAAAAUAUAAACUAAAUGAAAUGAGUGAGAUCCAGCUAGAUAAUAAAAAAGAAAAAUUUAUAAAAGAAAAUAUUGACAUAUUUAGUGGCAUAGGGAAAUUUCCAGAUAAAAUCAAAAUUAAAGUAAAAAAAGGUAGUGUACCUGUAAUAAGUCAGCCUAGACGAAUUCCAAUAAAAUUAACAGAUAAAUUUAAACAAUUAAUUGAGAAAUUGAGUAAGCAGAAAAUAAUUGAGAAAUGUUUGGAGCCUAGUGAAUGGCAACAUCCCUUAGUAAGUAUAGAAAAACCUGAUAAGUCCUUAAGAAUGUGUUUAGAUCCAAUAGCAUUAAAUAAGUGUAUAAUUAGGGAAAUGGUACAAAUUCCUACGAUUGAUGAAAUAAGAAGUAAAUUAACAAAUAAAAAGUAUUUCACGCUUUGUGAUCUAAAAGAUGGAUUUUAUCAAUGUGAAUUGGAUAGUGAUUCUAAGAAAUAUUGUGCUUUCAGUACACCAUUUGGCUCUUAUCAGUUUAAAAGACUGCCCUUUGGAUUAGCUAAUGCUCCAGAAAUAUUUCAACAGUUGACAUCAAAAUACUUCGGGGGUAUUGAGAAUGUUUGUGUAUACUUUGACGACAUACUUGUGAGUGGAGAAACGCAAAAAGAACAUGAGGAAGCAUUAAAUAAGGUAGUAGAACAGGCUAGGAAAUUAAAUAUUAAAUUCAAUCUAAAAAAAUUGCAAUUUGAAGUAAAUGAAGUUAGAUUUUUAGGCAUGAUAUUUAGUGAGAAAAGAAUUAAACCAGAUCCAGAUAGAGUUAAAUCUAUUAUUCAGUUAAGUACACCACAAAAUAUAAAGCAACUUCAAUCAUUUUUAGGGAUGGUGAACUAUUUAAGAUUAUUCAUUCCUAAUAUGUCAGAGUUAGUAGAACCAUUAAGAAAUUUAUUAAAAAAAAAUCUUGUGUGGUCAUGGGGAAAAAAUUGUGAGAUUGCUUUUAAUAAACUAAAAAAUAUAUUAAUUGAAUUACCAGCCCUUAGUAAUUACAAUGCAAAAGAUGUUUUUACUAUACAGUGUGAUGCGUCUGAAAAGGCGUUAGGGUGUUGUUUAUUACAAAAUGAUCGACCUGUGUAUUAUGCAUCAAGGUGCUUGAGCGAAACAGAACAAAUGUACGCACAAAUUGAAAAAGAAAUGUUAGGGAUGGUGUUCGCAUGUAAGAAGUUUCAUAAAUUAAUUUAUGGGCAAGAUGUAAUUAAAAUAUCUACUGAUCAUCAACCGUUAAUAAAUGUAAUGAAAAAAGAAAUAAAUAAAAUACCUAAUAACAGGUUAAGACGAAUGAGACUUAAACUGUUAAUUUAUAAUACUGAUGUAAAAUAUUGCCCUGGAAAGUACAUGUAUAUAGCAGAUUUACUAAGUAGAAAUUAUAUUCAAAGAACUGAGUUAACUGAUGAAAGUUUAAAUGAUGUAGUACAUAUGAUUAGUGAGUUUGAUGUACAGUUUAAAAAUAACAGGUUAGAACAACUUAUAAAAGAAACGUACAAAGAUGAACAUUUAGGUAAAGUGUUAAAAUAUUUGGAUGAGGGCUGGCCCAAAAAAAUUGUGGAGAGUGGUGAAAUAAGACAUUACUUUAAAAUAAAAAAUGAACUGAUUAAAGAAAAAGAGAUUAUUUACUAUGAGAACAGAAUAGUUGUGCCUAAAUCGUUAAGGAUGUACAUAAUCAAGAAAUUACAUGAGACACAUAUUGGAAUAACCAAAACAUUAAAAAAGAGCAAGCAAAUAUUUUAUUGGCCAGGGAUGUCAUCAGACUUAAAAAAUUUUAUUGAGGCAUGUGAAAUAUGUAAGAAGUUUAGUUGCAGUAAAAUAAAAGAACCACUAUUACAACAUGCUAUUCCUGAAUUACCAUUCCAAAAAAUAGGAAUAGAUAUAGCUGAGAUAGAACGCUCAAAUUACUUAGUAAUAAUGGACUAUUUUUCGAGGUGGAUUGAGGUUCUGAGUAUGAAGGAUAAAACUAGUGAAACUGUAAUAUCACUGUUAAAAAUAGUAUUUAGUCGUUUUGGGAUACCUGAGGAAAUAGUGGCUGACAACAAUCCAUGUGGUAGUAGAGAAUUUAAACAGUUUGCUGAAGAAUGGCAUUUUAACGUAACACUGUCAAGCCCCAACUAUCCCAAAAGCAAUGGUCUGGCUGAGAAAGCUGUGGGGAUAGCAAAAAAUAUGAUAAAAAAGUCUAAAAGUGAGAAUCAAGAUUUAAAUUUAUAUCUGUUAAAUUAUAGGAACGCCCCUGUAGCAGGAUUACCUUGGUCUCCAGCACAAAUGCUACAAAGUAGAAUGUUGAGAUCUAAAACUAAUAGUUUAAAUAAAAAAAUUUUAAGUCCUAAUGUGGUAGACUGCUCUGAAGAAAAUAAAUUAAAAAAAUUAAAACAAAAAAAUUGGUAUGACAAAACAGCCACAAAUGUUCAACAAGAGUUUAAACCGAAUGAAAACAUUAUGUUACAAAACAAAUUUUCAAAACUAUGGUCUAAAGCUGUGGUUUUGAGUAAAACUAAUUGGCCUAGAUCAUAUUUAGUGAAGGAUGAAAAGGGUAAAACACUUAGGCGAAAUACAAAAUUUAUGAAAAAAGUGAGUAGUUAUGAUUUAAGUUUGGGUGGAAGUGAUGAUGAAAUUGGAAGUGAUGAUGAAAUUAUAGCAACAAAAGCAAUUGUCAGAACCCAAAAAGGAAGAGUAGUAAAAAAACCUAUAAGACUAGGAAUUGAUUAA